CCGUCGACCAAUUUGCUAGCUCCCAUCGAGAGAGAGAGAGAGUGAGAGGGAGAGAUGGGGGAGGAGAAGGUGAAAGACGAGGCGCUGCAGAUGAUGGGCAUGUUCCAGGUGCUGCCCAGGCUAGUCGUCUUCGAUCUCGACUACACCCUCUGGCCCUUCUACUGCGAAUGUCGCUCCAAACGCGAAAUGCCUGCUCUUUACCCCCAUGCUAAAGGUAUCCUUUCUGCCCUGAAAGACAAGGGGAUCGAUGUUGCCAUUGCUUCGAGAUCACCAACUCCGGAUAUAGCCAAGAUUUUUCUGGAGAAACUUAGCUUGAAGUCGAUGUUUGUUGCCCAGGAGGUUUUCUCUAGCUGGUCACACAAGACUGAGCAUUUUCAGAGAAUUCAUUCAAGGACAGGGGUGCCAUUCAGCUCAAUGCUCUUCUUUGAUGAUGAGGAUAGGAACAUUGAAGCGGUUUCAAAAAUGGGAGUGACAAGUAUUUUGGUAGGUAAUGGUGUAAACCUUGGAGCAUUUAGACAAGGGCUAGCAAAAUUCUCUGAAAAUUUUAAUACAGUUGAGAAGAAUAAGCAGAGAUGGCGCACAAAGUUCACCAAAGAUGCAGAUUCAUCUGAGAAGAAGUAAAGGAAUUAAAUGUAAGGUUCUGUGUGGAUGGACUCUAUCUAGAAUGUACCGAAAUGGCGACCAAUUAUACUUUACAACUGCAUUGCAGUGUAAGCUACAAUAUUCCUUUUGCUGAUAGAAUAGACGAAACAGUGCAUUUUUCCCUA